AAGAAGAACCCAAGCUGAUGCAAGGACCCAGGUUGACUGAUAUCACCCCCACUUCAUCAACAAAUUAAGCCAUGGCCAUUCGUGUUGUUUGCCUCAUCAAGCGCCGUCCUGAUUUGACGCAGGAGCAGUUCAGCGAGCAUUGGAGCAAGAACCAUGGUCGCAUCUUCACGUCCUUAAAGGCCGUUAAGGAAAACAUCAUCCGGUACAAUCAGUUCCAUGUGCUUGAACAACCUAGCCAGGAAUUGGCUAAGAUCGGCCUGCCCGUUGCUCCCUACGAUGGAGCUGCCGAGUUCACCAUAGAGAAGAUUGAGGAUCUCUUGGCAUUGUUUGGAGAUGAGGAAUAUCAAAAGAACGCUAUUCCCGACGAGGGAAACUUCUUGGAUCGCAACAUUGUGCAGGUUCUUGUCGGCGAGGAUCACGUCAAGUGGGUCCGAGGCGAGUCUGCAUAAUGUCACGAUGGAAACGAGGAAAGCAAAUGUGUUUACAACUGUAAAAAUAUACCAUGUUACCCUCA